AGUGCCGCCACAUCACACGGACAAAACGGACAUUUGCCUAGGGCGCAGCGAUUUGAGGGCGCAAAAUCUUAGGAAAGUGUUACCGUAAACCGCGCCUUGAUUUAAAUUUGUUUGUAUAACUUCACGCUAGUUAUUUAUGUUUCUCGAUGUUGGUUGCAAUGAAAAAGCUUUUCGAUUGUACUCUAGUAUACGUCAAAAUUAUACACGUCUGUUUUUGAUAAACAAAUCAAGAAAAAUGCUUAAAAAAUCUGGAUAUCAGUUCAGAUGUGAAAGAAAACGAAAAUUAGAAGCACAAGAUGAGGUAGUUAGAAAAACUAUCAAAAUUGACGAACUUUUUUCAAAGAAAGUUCAAAGCGAUGAAUCAAAACCCGCAAACGUGUUUGAGGGUAGUGUGAAUGGUGUCGACCUAAGUGAAGUCGAACCGAUACAAGCAUCAUCCGAUCCACCACUAAUCGAUUCCACGUCCGUCGAAUUAACACGUUUACCCAUUGAUUCACAUACAAUAACAUCCGUUGAUGAUGUUUCUCUCCAAGUCGCAAGUUUUACAGAAAAUUCGGUCAGCUCUGAUAUCAAUGACAUCAAGGAAGAGCCCCGUUUUAUCGAAAUUGACGAUAAUCCGACAAAUUGGAAAGUAAACGACAAUGACUUUGUUAAUAAGCUGAUACGAUUGCACAAAGUACAAGACGUUAGACAUCUGGAUUUCAAAAAUUCUGAAAGACGAUUUAACGGUGUGCGACGAGUUUGCUCACACACUUUUUUCUUCAAACAAAAAAUUAAUGGUGAAUCGGUUCAGCGACAUUGGCUAUUCUACAGCGAGACACUGGGUCAAAUAUUUUGCAUUUUUUGUAAGAUAUUUAGUCGACGACGAGAAAACAGAUUUAUUACUGGUUUCGAUGAUUGGAGACACAUCGAUGCAAUCUCGAAACACGAGUGUAGCGUUGAUCAUUGCGAAUCCGCUCGCGUUUACUCACUUCGAUGUUCACACAUUGGAAAUGUACAGUCUACAUUUAACAAACAAAUCAUCGAAGAAACCAAUUACUGGAGAAACAUUUUGAAGCGGAUUCUGAGUGUCGUACGUUUCUUAUCAUCGCGAGGUCUUCCUUUUCGCGGGGAUUCCCAACAAAUUGGCGAGUCAUCAAAUGGAAAUUUCUUGGGGUUAAUUGAACUAAUUUCCGAGUAUGAUCCAGUAAUUAAACAGCAUCUCGAACAAUAUGCAAACAGAGGAAGAGGGUCCGUCUCAUACUUGUCUGCUGAGACAGUAAAUGAAUUUAUACACGUAAUGGCACGUAAGGUGGAGGUGGAAAUCAUCAAUCAAAUUCAUCAAAGCAAAUACUUCGCGACAAUAGUAGAUUCCACCCCCGACGUUUCACACACGGAUCAGCUAACGAUGGUUAUCAGAUAUGUCGAUGACAAAGGGCUGGCGAACGAACGUUUUAUACAAUUUUUCGAAAACACUGGGCACAAGGGAAUCGAGAUGAAAACUGUUGAAGGUUUCGUUGACGAAUGUCUUCAAUUCCAAUUCUUCGUAAAGGAUGUGAUAUCACAUUUUGAUUCAUGCACAGAUGAGGAUGCAUGUUGCGACGACGCCGAGAGUGAUGACUACGAAACAGUUGACAUACAAAUGGAGGCUGUCCGAAAGAAAAAGACGAGAAAGUUCUCGAAGUCUUCAAAGAUGCUUCAGUAUUUAAAGCAAAAUAACCUUGAAUCCACUUUCCCGAACCUAGAGGUGGCUCUGCGGAUUCUAGAAACGAUUCCAGUUUCUAAUGCCUCUGGGGAGAGGUCAUUUAAUUCGUUAAAACGAAUUAAAAGCUUCAGUAGAUCGUGUUUAACGCAAGAACAUUUAAAUGACAUGACCACGUUGUUUAUAAAUAAAGACAUUACGAAAUCUAUUGACUUCAAUGAUGUCAUUGAAGAAUUCGCACAAGUAAAAUCAAGAAAAAUAUUGUUAUGAAAAAUAUAGACUAUUACAUGCCAGUUGAACGUUAGACUUUCACUCGAACUAGACGGGCGCAAAAUCUUUUUAGCCUAGGGCGCCAA